AUGGUUUAUCCCCACUUUAAAAAUGACGUCCUUAAACGAACACUUUCGAAGAUUUAUUUAGCUAAAGUUGAUGGAAUCUUUCCAAAUGAAGAAGUUAUCUGCGAUCAACCAAUUUCUAUUUUAUCAAAAGCAACUGGCAUACGCCGUGUUGAUCCUGAUGGGCAAGAUUGUUUAAGUCGAUUUAAGUUGCUUUAUGCAAAUAAACAGGAAAAUACUUCAAUUGUUCGCUGCCAAAUUGAGACGGGAAGAACACACCAAAUAAGAGUGCAUCUCCAAUAUUUGGGAUUUCCAAUUUGCAACGACACAAUUUACAAUAAUUUUGUUUGGGGUCCAUUAAAGGGUAAAGGAGGUGAAUAUGGGGGAAAGUCUAUUGAACAGUUAAGAAUUGAUGUUGUUAAACAACACGACAAAAAAUCUUGGAUAUCUGAAGUAGAUCCAGAUUAUGCUCAAAGACUUAAAGAAAUUGGGGAAAAUGAUUUGUAUGAGCAUGAUCAACUAGAUUUGUUAAAUCUUAAAUUUGAUGAAUUGCCCAGUUAUGACCCUAUUUGUUGGAAUUGUGCAACAUAUCAAAAAAGGCCUUUUCCUGACGAUCAUUGGUUUAUGCCCCUACAUUGUUGGAAGUAUUCGGGAGAUGGGUGGUCAUUUGAAUCACCCCUCCCAGAAUGGGCUAUUCAACAUUCUGAUUUAAUUCAAAAUAAUAUACAGGAAAAUAAAAAGGAAAUACACAAAAUAACUGCCUAA